GCUUCUGCUGCCACAGCAUCAUUCUGUCCCAACACAGGCGUCUGUUUCGAAUGGGGAGUCCCCGAGGCCUCGGCUAAAGCAGGAUCUGGCGACAUCUUCUUCCAGCUCAAGGCUCCCACCUCAUGGCAAUGGAUCGGACUCGGUAUCGGCAGCCAGAUGGAUCACUCGCAGAUGUUCAUCAUGUACCAAGACGGCAACGGAAACGUGACACUCAGCACGCGGCCGGGCGCUAACCACGUCAUGCCCACUUACAAGGCGAGAAGCGACGUUGAGCUCUUGGCUGGCUCUGGUGUGGUUGGCGGCAACAUGAUCGCCAAUGUGAAGUGCGGCAACUGUACCAAUCUUGACCUCACUGGACAAUCGAACUGGAUUUCUGCAUGGAAGUCGGGAGAUGCUUUGGAUUCUACGAACCCGGCGGCUAUUAUCACUCAGCACGAUAGCAUGGCACAGUUUCAGGUCAACAUGGGUCAAGCUAGUAUCAGCUCCGACUCAAACCCCUUUGACGGCUCUGGCGACGACGAUGGCGGCAGCGGUGCUAUUUCUGGUGUCUCCAGCGGCUCGACGGACCAGACUUUGGCCUGUGCCCAUGGUGUCCUCAUGUCGGUCAUCUUCGUUAUCAUGUACCCGCUCGGCUCCAGCUUGAUGCCUCUGAUUGGAAAGUGGUACAUCCACGCAUCUUGGCAGACCAUUGCUUUCCUAGGCAUGUGGGCUGGACUUGGACUUGGUGUUACUGUCGCCAAAAACUCGAACAUUUUCUUUGACCAGGCCCACUCUCGCUUGGGAGUCAUUCUCGUUGCUCUCAUCAGCCUACAGCCCAUCUUUGGCUUUAUCCACCACGUCAACUAUCUCAAGACGCAAAAGCGUGGCAUCUUUGGCUACCUUCACUGCUGGUACGGACGUUCGCUUAUGAUUGUCGGUAUUGUCAACGGCGGUCUCGGUUUACAGCUCGGCAACGCUCCAACGCGCUUCAUUAUUGCUUACUCAGUCGUGGCCGGCGUCACCACGCUGAUUUACCUGGGCUCUAUUGCUAUUGGAUGGACCCGAUCGACGAGAAUCGAGAAGGAAUCAAAGCAAGACUACUCGUCGGUGGCGCAACCUUCGUCGUAA